AGCGACCCCACCAAGAUCUGUUUUCCUCUUUACAUAUCAUCGAUUUCUUAGUCGCAUGGUGAAAAUGAGGCGAUGUUCAUUUGUGUACUAGUACCCGAUUUUUUAGAUUCUAAUUGAAUGAAAAAUAGGCGAGCAACGGUGUGACAUGUCUCCAAAGUCGUGCCAUAAUUCCAGGUGAUCAUUAGAUCCAGUUUUGUAAGAGCGACGUCUUCGUCGCGCAUCGUUGUACUUGUUUUUCUUCGUCACAACUCAUCACAUAAUUUGAUUUCCUGAUAGUACAACUUUAAGUCUCAGCUCUGCUCAGGUAAAACUAACAAUGAAGUGGUUCGAGGAUUGAAGUUUUAGUUUAUUUCUACAGUAGCACAAUUUGAUGUUCUGAUGAAUCGGUGAACCUGCCACAAACAGCAGCACAAGAACUACAUUAUAUCGACAGGACUUCUUGUAGUCCUCCCGCCAUGUAGUUGAGGACCACCAGGAGCAGUUCCUGUGCAUGGUAAAAGUGGGAACGAGGUGCAGUUGGAACGCAAAUUAACCGAGCAUUGCGAACAGGAACAGACAGAGCACGAAAACCAUACGCAAGGAAGAUUAUUUUAUUUUGUCGGAGUUAAUAUUGAGUAGACGUAUUGCUUAUGCUUUCUAAACCAGCACGUCGACGCUGAUCAACAUGACCGAGCAACCAGGCAGUCAAUCGCCAAGGACGCCGGUCACGCCGCGGCGAAGGACGGGUCCGGAGGUGGGCAGAGGACCUCCUGCUCCGCAAAUUGGAGCUGCUUCUGGUCCAGCUGACGAUCGAGAUCAUGCAGCUGCUGGCAGAGCUGCAGCAGCACCCAGUCCUCCACCUUCUGGUAGCGCUAGUACCAGCAAGACCAAACCGACUCAUCUCCCGCGUGUGCGCCAUCUGAUUGUGUUUCAGCACGGUAUUCAGGGUGCGGCCUCGGACUUUGACAACCUGGUUCUUGCCAUCCAGAAGGAGUACAGAUCGGCUCUGGACGCCAAAGAUCUGCCGAUAGUAAACGUAAAUCCUGGUCAAAACGAAACGAUCGCACAGAAGAUAAAAGCCUCUCCCCGCAUGCUGCUGGGAGCCGUGAUUGGGCGCAGUCCUUUCCGUGAGUCCCCUCAGUCAUCUCCCCGUGCGAGCGAAGAGGACCCGCGGAAGGCCUCUCAGGGAGAUGAGCAGCGUGGGUCGAACGCCGAGCGGAAGUUAGACAUUCAGGACCGGGUGCUCAAGAGCAAGGCUUCCGAGGGAGGACGCUGGUCCGAAGAUGUGGCCGCGGUUGGGACAACAGCAAGCGGCUCCCAAAAUAAAUUUUCGCCUCGACCCAGAAGCACAAACGAAGAUGGCACCAGUACUACUAUCGGCGCUGGCAAAAAUGCUACUGAUUUAUCGGGGAGCACGACCAGACGGGCAAACCGGUCCGCGAUCGGGUACUCACCCCGCGCAGUUUCGCCCAGGGUAAACGUAAAGACCGAAGAGGAAAUCGAAGAAAUCGAAAUCCACACGGCAAAACACUCGGACUGCUUUUUCGGGACGACAGACGGCCUCGCGGCCGGCGGGAAGCGCUUGUUCGAGGAGAUUUGGGCAAAGCUGACCGAAACCGACAUAGCUCACUCUGAACAGUAUUACCACGAUGCCGCGGUAGAAGCAGUGGCCAACUCGCUGUCAGGUAGAGACUUCAACUUCUCUGGGCGUAAAACGAAAGAGCAAGGAGGUAGCAGGGCGGGGGCCGCUCCUGGGUCGAUUGCACCUAGACCUACCACUCCGAGAAAUAAAACUAAUGGUACUAGCCCGUCCACCCUCGCACCGGUCCGGUACCUCUCGGUGGUCGGACACAGUCUCGGGGGCCUGUACCUGCGGUAUGCGCUGGCGCUGCUGCAGGAUCGCCUGGAGCAGCAGCCCCGAAAACUGCAGUUCUGCACGUUCCUCACGCUCGCGACGCCCCACUUGGGCAUCCGACGCCCGCAGCAUCAAAACUUCUGGAAUGACCUCGUGCAGACGCUCGCGAGCUGGGGAAACAAAACGCAGCAGGAGCUGUGUCUGGAGGAGCCCGAGUUGACCGCUUUAAUACCCCCGGACCAUUUUACGCGACCCGUGCGGCGGCGCGACAGCGAACGGCCAAGCCCCCUGCUGGUGCAAAUGGCCACUGAGGAGCGAUUCCUGGCGCCCCUGCGGCAGUUUCGCCGCCGGUUGCUCUACGCCAAUGUGUUCUAUGACGUGCUGUGUCCCUACUGCACGGGGAGCAUCCGCCCGGUGAACCCAUAUCGCCACGAGUUCGACAUGCAGAGGCUCGGCAUUCAAAUGGUCGCGCACCCACCUCCUGCGAAAUCCAAAUCUGUAGAUAUCGAUGACCACGUGGAGCAGGUCGAGCAGAGUGGUCAGAAGAGGGGGGGGACGACGACUUCUACGACUUUUAAAAAGAGCCUAGGAGGUGCUCCACCUCCAGCUCCUGUUGUCCAAAGCAGCUUGCUGGGUUCGCAAGGAUUGCACCCUGACUGCAAGUACGUGUACAACCUUUACGGAGCUGGUGCAAAGUCGGAGACGAGCAGCACGCCCACUAGCGGCGAACAAGCCAGGACGGCUGCAUCAAAGCUGCAGAUGACCGCCGGGUCGUCGUCCACUGUCAACAACUACAUCUCGGCUCGCAAACAGGAAGAGCUGCAUAGCCGGAUCGUGGACGAAAGAGUUGUCGACAUCGUUGCCGCGAAACUUGCGGCAUACGACGAGCUGGUCAGAAAUAGAAAAACUAAAACAUCCGCGAGCAAAAAAUCGACAGCAUCCGCAUCCUCUCCUCCCUGCUCUCCGAGACAAGGAACGCGGCCGCCAUCUUCCGCCGCGCAGCCCCAGCCGCCAGCUGGUGCGCCGCUAGAGCCUCCAAACGGUGCUGCUCCUGGUGCGGCGCGAAGUGGUCGGUCUACGGCGCAGCAAUCCUCCAUCAACGCCGACGGAGAACAAGCUGGAGAGGACAUCGAAAGACAGGCCUCCGGAGACCCUGACGAGCUGGGAGCGUGCGUCGGGCCGGUCGUGCCAGCCGCAGAAGGGACAAACACGACGACAUCCACACCCAACACACCGGGCCGACGAGCGGUGUCUGCGGGCUUUGCACUGCGCGAUAAAAGGUCCCAGGAGCUGCAAAAAAUGAUGCACUGCCUAAACACCAUGAGCUGGGAGCGUGUGGAUGUCAACAUGAACCUAUGAAAACGAAAUUUUUAUACGGAGAGGGCUAGAACGGGAAAAACUCGGCGCUAUCUUCACUGUCUUACAGAAUGAUCUUCAUCAAUCUACAAACCGACGCUUGCUCUUCUUGAGCAUCUUGGUGCUCAUGCUCUUCGAUUCCGUUUCUGCAUCAUGAAAGAAGCAGAGGCGUCCACCUCUGGGGGGGACCUCUUGUAUCUCUUUCCUGCAUGAUGUGCUGGUGUGUCAUAUAUUCUAAAUAACUCACUGAAAGAACUCAAUCUCAACGCAUCCAGCAAAAGCAAAAACUGGCAUAAUUCGAAGUAGAUGCGAUAAAGAUCAUAGUGAUGGUGCCGACGUACGAGCUCCCGUACUAGCUGAAAAAAGAAUUUUCCAACUUUCAUACACCUCCGCACGGGCACAUUGUUAACUCUAAAGUGCCUUACGUUAAAAGCAAUUCAAAAUGAUUUCAAAAGGAAUUCAAAAAAGCGCACUUUUCGUUUUUCCGUGAAAUUGGGCGGCCAUUUCCUUUAUUUUUUCGGAUGCGCGGCUUCUUUUUUCGGCGUUUGAUUGUCGUCCUGUGUCUGGCGGCCUAGUGCAAUAGAAACUGGGCAGGGCGGAUUUGUAAACGCUCGCUCAGUUGCGGUAGUGGGUUUCUGUUUCGGGCACACGAUUGGAUGUAAUGUGGCCAGGUUUCGCGCGCCAGUUUGUGCACCUGCCACGUCUUACAGCGAAUCGCUCUCAUGUAUGCCCAGGACCGAGGCACCCAGCUCGGGCUCCUCUAGAACCUCUGCUCUAGGGUCAAAGACGGCAGGAUCCCUUCUGUCUCGCGUUAUUGCUGUAGCUGCCUCCGGGACAUGCUUUAGCCCUGUCGCGGAAGCACUUUUUGUGUAAAGUUUUUCCUUCGUGACCUCUUCCUGCCCCUCUUUCUUUCAGGGUGUUGUGGUAUAGCUUGCGGGACGUCGUUAUGGUCGGCUUUCACGCCAAAGGGCUUCUCGACAGCGCUUCGGAAGGUGGAUUCCGAUACUCCAAAGGGUCUGAAGUAAAGCAAACCAACUCAAGAGGGUCCGGGUCUUGAGGAAUCUCCUUUCGCCAGAUUCAAAAAAUAGUUGGAAAUAAGUUGGAAGCCAACUUUUUUCUGUUUGCCAUACUAAGAAUCCCUGACCCAACUAAUUUUGAACUUGUAUCCAACUUCUUCCCAACUAUUUUUUGAAAUUGCCCAGGGCCGCCAAUUUCUUUUUGAAUUGUUCCGGGGCCGCCAAUUUCUUUUUGAAUUCCAUCUCCCCCGCCAAUUUCUUUUUGAAUUCCGUUCCGGCCGCCAAUUUCUUUUUGAAAUUGCUCAGGCUCGCCAAUUUCCUUUUGAAAAUGGGCACUCUGUAUGAUGUCGCUCUGGUAUUGGUUUUGUCUGUGGCCUGGCAUAUAUGGUAGGCCCUAAUAAGGCUCCACCAAUCGGAGGGACAGGUUGCAUCUGGGCGAUCUUUCGGCCGCCUCGGGAACAGUAUUGCGCUGGCCCCAUGCGCUGCGGCUUUGGGCGGGCGUGGUGUCCUUCAGAUGAAUUCUCGAAAGCCCCUGGCGGUCCAAUCUUGGGCGGCCGCGCCAUUGUCCAGAGCUUAUGGCCGUGCCAAUUCCAAGCCACACACACUCCCAAAUGAAGCACACGCAAAAAUGGCUGGCGUUGCGCUAUUCAAGCAAGUUGGCCCGCGCAGGCACACGGCAUAGGACCCGGGAAUGGUCCACACCCGGGUCGCGCUCAUUCAUUUUGGCCGGAGAUUCGGCAUUUUUGUGUGCAGACGAAAGUCAAAAACCUUGACUUUUUGAAUUCCUUUUGAAAUCAUUUUGAAUAUGAAUUAACGCCAAGGCGCUUUGCGAUUAAGGCACAUUGGCUGAUCUGCGGCCAGGUCCGACACACCGCCAUUCUGGAUCACAUCGCGAAAAAUCUCGUAAUGGGGGAUCCCAAGCUUCAUUCUGCAUCGUCGUCGUCGUCGUCGUCCCAGAUGAAUCCGCCGGCGGCCGCUCCAAAAUAACAGAUAGGAUUUUACUUGCCGUGUGCGUGUGAAGGAAUCUUCGAUCGGACCGCGACUACGCGACAUCGAUCCUCGUAUUGCUCUGACACCACACGACGCAGAGGCACACGGGCCUUCAUCGUUCUACUUCGAGCUCUCUUUUUCAUUCUGCGAUCGAUUCUACAUUUUUUAUGAGCGGGGUAACAAAUUCUGACGAGUUGUGGCCGUCCCACUUCUCACCCGCCCGGCCGGGUGGGUGACUAGUGGGACGGAACCAGGAUCCUGACCAGCUGGCCGGAUCUGAAAGCCUCAAAAACAACGCUUUUUGUUUUCCGCACCUGAUUCUUCUUUCUACCAGCCACACCCGCAGGUCUUGCAGGAGGUGGUAGAAAGAAGAUUCAGCUCGUGGACAAGAAAAUGCUGCUCUGGCUUACUGAAAGCCUCAGACAGCGCAGUUUUUUGUUUUCCGCACCUGAUUCUUCUUUCUACCAGCCACGUCUGCAGGUCUUGCAGGAGGUGGUAGAAAGAAGAUUCAGCUCCUGGUAAAAAAAGCGUUGCUUUGGCUUGCCGAAAGCCUCAGAAACGCCGUUGUUUGUUUUCAGCACCUGACUCUUCUUUCUACCAGCCACGUCUGCAGGUCUUGCAGGAGGUGGUAGAAAGAAGAGUCAGCCCGUGGUGAAAAAAGCGUUGAUUUGGCUUACUGAAAGUCUUAGAAACAGCGUUUUUUGUUUUCCGCGCCUGAUUCUUCUUUCUACCAGCCACGCCCGCAGGUCUUGCAGGAGGUGGUAGAAAGAAGAUUCAGCUCGUGGCAAAAAAAAUGUUGCUUUGGCUUACUGAAAGUCUCAAAAGCAGCGCUUUUUGUUUUCCGCACCUGAUUCUUCUUUCUACCAGCCACGCCCACAGGUCUUGCAGGAGGUGGUAGAAAGAAGAUUCAGCUUGUGGUAAGAAAAAUGUUGCUUGGGCUUAUUGAAAGCCUCAGAAACAGCGUUUUUUGUUUUCCGCGCCUGAUUCUUCUUUCUACCAGCCACACCCGCAGGUCUUGCAGGAGGUGGUAGAAAGAAGAUUCAGCUCGUGGCAAAAAAAAUGUUGCUUUGGCUUACUGAAAGUCUUUGAAGCAGCGUUUUUUGUUUUCCGCGCCUGUUUCUUCUUUCUACCAGCCACACCCGCAGGUCUUGCAGGAGGUGGUAGAAAGAAGAUUCAGCUCGUGGCAAAAAAAUCGCUGCUUUGGCUUACUGAAAGCCUCAAAAGCAACGCUUUUUGUUUUCCGCGCCUGAUUCUUCUUUCUACCAGCCACGCCCGCAGGUCUUGCAGGAGGUGGUAGAAAGAAGAUUCAGCUCGUAGUAAAAAAAGUGUUACUGUGGCUUAUUGAAAGCCUCAGAAGCAGCGUUUUUUGUUUGCCGCACCUGAUUCUUCCGGCCACGCCCGCAGGUCUUGCAGGAGGUGUUAGAAAGAAGAUUCGGCUCGUGGCAAAAAAGCCGUUGCUUUGGCUUACUGAAAGCCUCAAAAGCAGCAUUUUUUGGUUUCCACACCUGAUUCUGCUUUCUACCAGGCACACCCGCAGGUCUUGCAGGAGGUGGUAGAAUUGCCGCCGUUCUCGUGGUCAGGAUCCUGGUUCCGUCCCACUAGUCACCCACCCGGCCGGGCGGGUGAGAAGUGGGACGGCCACAACUCGCCAGAAUUUGUUACCCCGCUCUAUAUUUUUGUAUGCCGACGAACGCGACCCCGACGCCGUCUGGAGCUCUACUUGAGGCCAGCACAUGUUGUUCGAGUUCAAAAAAAAAGCCACUGAAGAUGAAGAACUUCCUGGUGUUGUUCGUCCCAGUUGUCCUUCUCUACUUCGAGAAGGCAAAGGCAUCUUUUACUUCUAUUACUUACAAAUGGUAUAAUUUUAAGCCGUCCCUAGUUUACUUACAUUGACAUUCAUUUUCAUAGCUGUUAGUUUAUUAACACAUGAUACAUCGAAGAUGUUCUUGUUCCCUGUCGCGUAACGAACUACCCCACUGCAAGGACGAUGCAUUCACGACAUUUGUUUGAUUAACUCACUCGUGUAGCGCGAGCCGCGGUCGUCCUCGGGAGCACAUGUUUUUUCCGCAGGUGUUUAGCUCAACUGAUUGCAACAGCGACUUCAUAAUUCCCUUGAAUGAAGAUCAUUCCAUCAUUAUUUGAGUUCUGCAAGCGCGCCCAGUACUUACUACAGUUGAAAGGAG